CGAACUGGUCUCUAAGGGGCCCCUUGUAAAAGCGUAAGCAAUAAAUAGGUUUGAAUUGAAACAUAAACGUUAACAAUUCAUCUCUUCCUCCUCAGAAACUUUUUUUGGCUGCUAAAUCGGAAUAAAUGAAAAACCCUAUUUUGGAUUAAACAUAAUCCAUGUAAUACUUCGCCCGGCUCAGAUGAUACACAUAAAAAUAAACCUGUAAUUUUGUUUCGUUGAAAGAUGGCUUGGCGAUUUCUGACCAAAAUCACUGUAAAACGGCGGGACAGAUACAUCACUAUUACGUUAUUUUGACAUUCCUCGCACGUUGCUGUCAAACCUCAUAUUUAUUCCAUCAAAAAUAACAUCUUGCGCAAUUAUCUUCUUCUAUGCCGAAAGCGGCGAUUAAAAAACAGAAACGUUUUCAUGCCUAACUAGUUUGAAUAUUAAAGGUCCGACGCGAAUCUUUCUAUUAACCGAAAACUUCCUUUAAAGUUACAAGUAACUAAUAAAAACACAAGAAGGACAGAAGUGGAACUGAUUCAUUCUUUAAUUCCAUACGCCUCAGGCUUGAAAUGAAAACUUGUUCACUGGCGUGUAUACAAAUUCGCCUUUUUCAAUAAAGUAUUGAUUGAUAAAAGGCGAUAAUGUUUUUGCAUAUCGAGCCGCGAAAAAAAAUUGCGAGUGAGAAAAAUUUAUGAAGGGGAAAUUAUAGAGAAAAACAAAAUAAUUCAUGCGAUUCUCUGCGUGAAAAACCCAAACUUGUAUCAUGUUGCGAGAAAUUCAAAUUAUCUCAACCACAUCGGCACGUAGAGCGUUUUACUAAUAACAUUUGCAAAGCUAAGUGCUCCUAAAUUUAAAUGAAGAAAAAGGAACAGGAAAAGGAAACAACGUUAAAGCUUCUUGUAAUUUUCAUGUUACCUGGAUGGUUUCUUUACUAAUGAGCAAGGCUAUUAAAUUCAAAAUAGGGCAAUAGAAUUGUCGAGUAUCUCCAUUAUAAUUGUUAUUAUUAUUGUAUUAAACUAGCGCAGCUCUCUACCUCUUCCAAAAGCCUCGGUAAAAUUAUAAAAUUUCAAUAUCUCUUAAAUAUAAAACUGUGGUUAACGAGUUAAGCUACUUUCAAAUAAAUCGCUUUAUAACUAAAUCGCCGAAUUAAAACCAACUCGAAACAGGUUGGAUUCCAUGGCAACUCAUGUCAUCGUCACAAAUGCGGGCCAUGCUGAAUUAAUUUGUGCCAAGAGUGUUUUUGAACCUCGCGCUGCUUGGCGCACACACCUCCAACGGUGACAAGCGUCCAGCAAGUUAUUGGCAGAAGACUUCGCUUUUAUAUUUCACAUCGGAGACUUAGUUCAAGCUUAAAUGUGCUCAGAGGGGCAAAACUAAUGACAACACGUUCAACGGAAUGGGCGUGGUUUGGGGUGGUUGACACAAGUUGGUAUCCACCAGGCGCUUUAGUUACCCUCUCCACACAUUCGUAAUUGCUUCAAAUUAGUUCUUAAGGAUGGCCAAUCACAGGACACUUAGUGCAACAAUGUGCAAGGCUUUCGGGUACAAACAUUAGACUUAAAAAAAACGAAGAUCGCUAGCAAAAUUACGCGCCAAACGAACCUAUUCAAAGUGAUUUUUGCGGCUGACAGAUAUGAUGAGUGAAGCGACGCGAUGAAAACGCAAAAUCUUCGAACGAUACUGUUAACGAUAUGCUGCGUAUCUUAUCUCUUGGUCGGCGCGGCAAUCUUCAGCGCCUUAGAAUACGAAGAAGACCAAGAGAUGCGAAAAAAUAUGACAAUUCUUCACAAAACACUGACAAAGAAGUACAACAUCAGCGACGAAGACAUCGGGAAAUGGCUCCAAUAUCUCGAUAGCAAAGCAAACAUAGACGCGGAUCUUUACCAAUGGAGUUUCGCCGGCUCGGUUUAUUUCGCCACCACCGUAAUAACAACUAUAGGUAAGGUAGGAUUCGGCGACUACGUUGCCUUACAAGACAGCCGAGAGACGCGCUUUGAUCAUACAUACGUGGGUAUCUCUCUUCUUUUUAUUUUCUUUGGACUGACAAUUGUAGGCUCCGUAAUGAAUCAGUUGGCAUUGAGGCUGUUAACGGCAAGUCAAACCAAAGAAACGACAGACCAACUUUUGGUGGAGGGACCGUGUUUAUGCGAAAAAUGCAGUCGCCGGGAAUCUAUCGACAUUUUUAAUCUCUAUCCGAGCGACUUAUCGACCACACUUCUAAAAAAUUACGAGGAAGAGAUUGCAUUUACAACGUACAAAGGCCUUCAUAGGAAGCGCGCCUCAAUUUAACUAAAGUCUUCGUGUGAUUCAUUCCACACAAGCGGUAACUUUAAAUUAAGCCGCUCGUUUUAUUAAUCAAACUGGUAAGAAAAACUUUCACGAAAUAGAAUAUUUUUCGACUAUGUAAAUUAUAGAACUCAUUUCUUAGUUUGGUCUACGAACACCGCUUGUUUUUUUAGUUAUCAGUAGCGUCGCGAGCGAGCCAAAAUAGGUAUGGGAGUUACUUUAUUGAUAAGCUCGCUCGUUCGGCGUCGGAAAGCCAUGCUAGAGCCGUUUGAGAGAUAAACGAGGAUGGACGCCAAAACAUUGAAAAUUUUAAUUGGCUGUGUAUUUUGUUGUUUGAAAUGCGUUUUUCACAAAAUAGCUUUCUCUUAGCCUAAAACGCUGGCUAAUAAUUUCAAAGGCUAUGGCUUGCAAAGAUAAGGUUCUGAACAAUUUUACAAAGUAAAAUUCAAUCAAACAAAAUGAUUCUGGUCGGUGAUAGCAAAAUCUACCACCUGUUACCGCGCCAUGAAAGUUUAAUUAAUCAUAUCAUUUGUAUGCAGACAGAUUUAUCAUAUGCCAAAAGAAAAAAUUUGUGUACAAGAACUCUAACAAAAACUUCACGGUAAAAAUAACGGCUUUUUAUGUUACCUCCGAUCAGCCUAGAUCGCGAUUAGGGGAGUUAAAGGGGUUUUAAAUACAAGUCAAAUUUGUCGAAAAACGCCCGAUAGUAACAAAAUCGAGAGUUCUUGAUGUGAAUAUUUUAUGACCGGGAUUUUUCGCAUGAAUCACUUCUCCGACGAACAGAAAGGGAAUUUUGUAUCAUUUUGUAUAAGAAAUGAAGUAUUUGCUGUUCCAAUUUCACUACCAAAAACGUGGACCACUCAACGUGAUUCUACAUUUGCUAGUGUAUAUAAAAUUACCCUCCAAUCGAUGUUUGUAAAAUAUAUUUUUUAUAGUACACCAGAAAAAUGCUAGAGUGUUUUCACACUGUAAUCGAGAUGCAAAUAUUUCGUCUACGGAUGCGUUUCUUAAAUACGAAUCUUCUAAAAUAAAUUGCACACAUGUAUUUAAAGCGAGCUUUAGAGCGGAAAAAAAGUGAAAUUAAAACUUUCUACGAAACAAAGGGUAUUGUAGAUUUUGUCUUAAAUUUUUUUUCGCUUUUUUGUUUUUUGUUAUGAUCCAUCGGAGGUGUAGAAAGCAUAAAUAGGCAGAGUUCCCGCUAUGCCAUUGAAAUCAUACGUGGCUAAAUCAGCCUGUUUUGAAAUUUAACAUCCUCUUUAAUUUAUUUGAAACUCCCAAAUCCAAACGAGACAUACGAAACGGUUACCACUUGUUUUAAACAACGGCAAAUUUCGAAUUCGUCGCGCACAGAACGCUAACAUACGGGAAAAUUAUGAAUACACACAAUUCCGUCAACAAAAACCCAACAGGACGCUGAAAGCAUUUUCUAAAAAUAUUUAGUACGACAUGAAAAAAAGACAGGUUUUUUUUUACCUUCAAAUUACAAGUAGUGUUUUCUUUUUACUUGUGAGAACGUCAGAGAUUUGUAAAUAAGAAAGAUGUACGUGAAUAUCGGCGUUUCAAACUCGAGAAUUUUUUUGUCCAUUGUAAACAGCUUUUCAAGACGGUCUACCGCCCUGAUGAAAAACGUUAAUUACACGCGUUUCUAAGCGUUCACCAUGUCGCUGUGGCAACUGACAUAAAAUGUGUUGCACAAGAGAAAGGAGAAAAAAAUAACUAAUUCUCACAGAGACGAAACAAUACGCUAUGGUUUUUCCUGUUUAGAUCUUCGAAAAUUUAAAGAUCGUUUCGUUAAGAAAUACGCUCAAAAGUUUGAUUUUAAGUGUAAAGCUAAUACGUUUCAAAAUUUUAUACGAAUUCAAUUCUAGAGAUGCGAACAUAAACAUUUUUCAAUGUUUGGCCUUAGCAAAGAAACAAAUGCAAUCAAUAGGUGUAUAUUUUCAUCGGAAAAUACGUUUAGAAAAAGGAGACAUGUUUUCGUAAAAUAUGGUCAAAUUAAACGUUGUUCAAAUUGUAUUUACUACGAAUUUUACUGCUUCAUGCUGACCGACAACUCUUAACUUUUCAUCUAAACGUCUUCCCAUUUUGUCGAUGUCUCAGAGCGCUUUAUUCUGAGCAAUGUUAUUUGCUAUUUUGCAACAUCAAUUAUUCAUCGUCCCAUUUGGAAGAACCCAUGUUUUUACGUAAGAGACAAACAAAGUACAUUUGAGAGACUACUUUCAUUUGUAAAUUUCACAUGUAACGCUCGCUCGUGUUCGUGAACUUUUGUUUUGCACGCAAAACUGAGGGAAUUCUUUAAAGUAACGCGUUUUGUAAAGCGAAUUUCAAAUACUGUGUACUAUAAUGAGAAAGGGUCGCAUGAGGAUAAUAAACACAACUAAAAUUAUCUUGA